CUUUCGUAACCACUUCCGGUCCAUCCCUCUGUCAGUCUGAAGUGGAAACUAAAAAAGAUAAAGAAGCUCUGAGUCGGUACCGCCUCACUGACCCAACCAGCCCCCGGACCACGACCAGAAGCUUAAAAUGCUAUUGAUGGGUGUUUACCUGGAUCACUUCUGCUGACAGACCAGUCCAAUGCUUAGUUUUCUAUGGGGGUGGUUACUACUAUGGACCCGGAUACGGCCCGGCAAAGUAAAGGUGGCCACGCGCUAAUAGAGGCCAAUCUGGGCACUCGGGGAAAACACUAUGUGUGCGGCUCGCUUGCUGCGUUCACCAACAUCAUCGUGACCUUUCCUAUUCAGAAAGUGUUGUUCCGGCAGCAGCUUCAUGGGGUGCGAGCGACCGAGGCCGUCCAGCAGUUGCAGAGGGAAGGGUUGAGACAUCUCUACCGAGGGCUUCUGCCUCCACUACUGCAGAAGUCCACCACCGUGGCCAUCAUGUUUGGCCUGUAUGAGGAUUUUUCCAGAUUGCUUUUGCGUCACACUCACAGAAGUGGUGCACCGGAGCUUGUUACACGGAGCGUCGCUGCUGCGCUGGCCGGGAUGGCUGAGGCCGCCCUUACGCCAUUUGAAAGGGUGCAAACGCUGCUUCAGGAUCACAGGCACAACGGGCGUUUCAAUAACACUGCCCACACCUUCCGGACUCUCCUGCAGGAAUAUGGUGUGAGAGAGUGCUACCGCGGGCUGGUCCCGGUUUUGUUGCGAAAUGGGCCUAGUAAUGUUCUGUUCUUUGGCUUGCGUGGGCCAAUUAAGCAGCGGCUGCCUGAUGCCCAAACCCGUAUGGGUCACAUGGCCAAUGACUUUGUGUGUGGCGGGCUGCUGGGGGCGGCGCUGGGUAUCAUGUUCUACCCCCUGAAUGUGGUCAAAUCUCGAGCUCAGGCUCAAGUUGGGGGCGAGUUUGUUCCUUGCCAUCAAGUGCUGAUGACGGUGUGGCGGGAACGAGGCGGCAGCAUCGUGCUGCUCUUCCGCGGAGCGACACUCAACUACCAUCGAUCUCUUCUGUCGUGGGGGAUCAUCAAUGCAACCUACGAGCUUCUCCUGAAAGUUUUCUGAAGACUGGGGUGGAUGAUGGAGUGCACUUUGUCCGAAGCAAGCCAAAUUUAGUUUUGUUUUUACCCCUUUAAAAGAGGUCUGGACACUGCCAGCUCCUUAACGUCUGCACUUAAAGGGAUAGUUCACCCAAAAAUUUAUAAUUGACUCCCCCCCCCAUGUCAUUUCAAACCUGUAUGAAGAUAUUUUGAAGAAUCUUAGUAAUCGAAUGGUUUUCUGUCUCAUUGACUGCUAUAGUAUGGACAAAAAAUACAAUGGAAGUUAAUGGGACUCAAAACUGUUCUUCUGAAUAUCUUCUUUUGUGUUCCACAGAAGAAAGUAAGUCAAGCAGGUUUGGAAUGGUAUGAGGGUGAGUAAAUGAGUUUUAGUGAACUGUCGCUGUAACAUGUAAUGAUCUGUAGAAUUGUGGAUGGAAAGUAUACUUGUGCUGAUAACUACAUAAAGUCCAUCCAUAUCACUUGGCUACUAUAAGUGUUGUGAAAUGUAUGGCCACAUGCAGUGGCUCUUGUAUCAGUUAAGUAGUGGCUCUUUUACUCACUUUUGGGGGGUCUGUGGGACACGGAUGGAGAAAGCACAGUGUUGUACUACUGACAGUACAUUUCUACUUCUUUUCUGUUGUUUUGUUAAAAAAAUCAGAUGCACAAACUCUGGACUGGAGCAUGACAAGCCAAGUGUCACUGUAAGUGUUACUUGCAGGUUGACCGAGGGUUCGUAAAUUGGUGAGACUUGUGGACCACACAAAGCGAAAGAUGUCUGUACAAGCCCAUGGUGUUAGUAUUUUUGCCAAUCAGAAAAACUCCUGAUGUAUUCAAAGAUGUGUAAUCAUUUUCAUGAAAUGCAUAAAUGUUUUUAUGUAACCAGUGUUUUGUGACAUGAAUGACAUUUUCAAAUUGUUGUGGGUGGAAAGUAAACUAGUAAUUCCUUUUAUUGCA